CUAAUCUGAUUAAAUGUAAUAUAAUAUUUCAAACAUGGCUGCCGUUCAUCGAGAGGCUAUCCAAAAGCAGAUUCAACAAGAUUGGGCAAAUCGAGAAUAUAUUGAAGUUAUAACUGGUAGCAUCAAAAAAAUAACUGAUUUCCUUAAUUCUUUUGAUAUGUCUUGCCGAUCAAGAAUAGCUGUUCUUAAUGAAAAGCUUACAACACUAGAAAGAAGAAUUGAGUAUCUGGAAGCAUGUGUUACAAAAGGAGAAACAUUAACUUAAAUAAAUCAUUAAUGAAAUUUGUAAUAUUUUAUGAUUUUUAUAUUUAUUGAAAUUAUAUAUGAAUAAAUGUACAAUAAUAAUAAUAUAUAUUACAUUCUAAUUAUAAAGUCUAUUAUAUGUAUUGAUGAUUAAAUGGAAGGAAUACUAAAAAAGCUAUUUGAUGUACGCUUAACAUAAGGUUCUGAUGAUGGCUUAUUUUUUGACCAUUCAUACCAAUUAAAACCUAUUCCAUCUUGUCCAUAAGCCAUACGAUAUUCAAAAGUUUCUGCAGUUUCUUCAUCACUGGUUUGACAUUUAUAUAUAACUGAACCAGCAAU